AUGCGUUUUCAAGGUUCAUCAAAUACUUCUCAGAAACAGGAGUACCCGCUUACUAUUUUUUUAGAGCCAACAGCAUCAACGAUAGUGUUUGGUUGUCCCGGGAUCCCUCGAAGUAUACCACGAAUUGAAACAAUCAUCCACGUCAGAACAGCCAAUGGCUCACCCUUUUUGAUACGAUCGGUUUCAGUAGUGUUGAUAACUCGUCAAAAAGUAACGGUACCUGCAAAACUUGGAAGUACUGAAGCGUUCAAAGAGUUUAAGAUAUUUGAAGAUCCAUUGGCAUUCAAACCCGUGAAUGUAUUCUCUCAAAAUGUAUUAGGGAUAGACUUGCCGGUGAUGAUACCAGUGCCAAAGGAUGUGAUACCCAGUGGGUAUCUGCCGACGCUAGGGGCAUCUACUACCCAUUAUCUUGCGGUGAAAGUAGUUACUGGGGAAAGCAGUGGUGGCGAAUCAUCAUUCAUUGAUACCUUCCCCGUUGUCAUCAAGACAUAUGAUACUCUACCACUAUAUCGACAAUUCAAUGAGCCGGUGAUUGAACAACAAAAGUCGCCCGAUAAUCAAGUUGUGGGGGAAGUGACAAUUCCUACGACAUCAGUUGGUCCUGGUGAUCAGUUUGAGCUACAUUGUAAAUUGAUGAUCAAUUCAUCUAAUAACAAAGUCAAAAAGCACCUAGCGGUAAAGCAAGUGACUUUUCAGGUAAAAGAGUAUCUAGAAUGUUUUGAUGGCGGACUACCUCCAAAGAAGGAAAACAAGCUACAUACAAAAACGUUGCAAUUGACGAAAGAACUAAACACACAAGGGGAAACUCAACUGUUUGAUGUGAAAUUCCCCAAAAUCAAUGACAAUUUGGAAGUAUUCUACAAUGAUGAACCCUACAUUAUUGAAAACGAAGUUUCAUUCGACAACGAUACAACAAUCAUCGAAUCAGCAAAUAUCGCAACCCAUAAAACAAUUGAUCGAAUACCAGAGGGACUACCAAUCACUCACCUUCAAAGUUUUACAACUUCGGGUAAAUUCUACUCGAUAAAGUUUGAAACGAUUUUAAAGAUCAAACUACAUAAAGCCAAAGAUUUCGAUAUUCAUUUACCACUAACUGUUUGUCCAUUCGAGAGACGAUCAAGUGAAUAUUUGUUGAAAUGGAUUAUGCAUGAAUGUGAAGUUGCUAAAGCACGAUUUGGUGGGGAAUUUAUCGAUCAGUUUUUCUUGGCGACAAGCUAUGGUGCGAUUUGCAAUUUGAUGAACAGAUACAAGUUGCCACCAACAAUAUACAAGAAUUGCAAAGAGGACUGGGUCAAAUUGGGACUUGCUCGUGAUCAAAUAGGUGGCAUUAAUCACAAUGGCAGUAUGAAGAAUUUGGUACCAUAUAUCGAUUAG